GUUGUAGAAAGAUCUUUAGAGAAAUGCAGAGCAUUACGCCAAUAAACCUCAGUAUCCCUGGCACCAAUCCGCUAUCUUAAGGUUUUUGGAGAGAGAGAUGGAGGCUGGGCUACCGAAGGUGGGACUAUUAAGGCUUUGCUGCGCUGUGGUUUAUAGGAACAUAGAAUCGCUCAAUCUCUUUUAAAAGUAGCUAGCGAUAACUAGGAGUGAGACCGGACUGGCAGGAGACUCGGGUGAGGAAGGAAGUUGUUUGAAAGCAAGUUACAUGGCAGAUAGAGGACAGGAAAGCAGAUUUUGAGAAAUCACUUUCACAGGUUGCCUUUGAGUACACUAGUCCUGUCCUCAUUAAUACGAGCCUUUACCCACCGCCGGAAAGAGAAAAUUAAGCAGAAACGAAGGAAGAGGAGUAAGCACACAUACACACACCGAUGCCCAUCCUACAAUUCACUCUUGGAGACGAAAGGCCUGUGUUCUCAGCCCCGGUAGCGGACUACACUGCCCUCCGCUGCGGUACUCGAAAUCCUCAUUCAGUGCUUGGAAAAUAAAUCCUCGACGUCAGAAAACCGGGUGGCAACCUGCAACAUCCCCUUCCUGUCCAACACACCGCCCUGGUACAUCCGACAUUUCCGACCGCGCUUCUUGGAGGGGUCUCCCAGACUCACUCCGAUCGCACCCCGCUCUGCCCCCUUCCGGCCGGCGCGCGCGUGGCGACAUUUAAACGCUUGCCUGCAAGUUCCCACCGAGGCUUUCGGGAGGCCCUUUAAAACUGGCGCGUGCGCUGGGGUAGGUACGAUCAGUUCUCGCCGGGUUUCCAAACUUCGCGCAGUGUCGCGAGAUUCGCUAUCCGAAACUUCCGGUUCUAGUCCGCCUCGGUGAUUGCAACUUGGCUAUGCGGUCUCGGCUUCUGUUUAGUGCUGCCCGGUGUCUUCGGGCGCUCCGGGCUAUUAGCCCACCCCGUCGGCACCUAAAGUGCGGCAGCCUGCCGCUGGAGGAGCUGUUCGCCCCCGGCGGACCUUUGCGGACCUUCCUGGAGCGCCGGACAAGGUGUGAAGCCCAGUUGCAGUUCGGGGGGUCUGAGCUGCUGGCGGUGGCCAAACUGCUGAGCGAGAAGGAGCAGGAGCUGCAGGAGACCGAGCAUUUGCUACACGAUGAAAAUGAAGACUUAAGGAAACUUGCAGAGAAUGAAAUAACUUUAUGCCAAAAACAAAUAACUCAGCUGAAGCAUCAGAUUAUCUUACUUUUGGUUCCCUCAGAAGAAACAGAUAAAAAUGAUUUGAUCCUGGAGGUAACUGCAGGAGUUGGGGGUCAGGAGGCAAUGUUGUUUACAUCAGAGAUGUUCGAUAUGUAUCAGCAAUAUGCUGCAUUUAAAAGAUGGCAUUUUGAAACCCUGGAAUAUUUUCCAAGUGAAAUAGGUGGCCUUAGACAUGCGUCUGCCAGCAUUGGGGGUGUAGAGGCCUAUAAGCACCUGAAAUUUGAAGGUGGUGUACACAGAGUACAAAGAGUGCCAAAAACAGAGAAGCAAGGUCGCAUCCAUACCAGCACCAUGACUGUGGCAAUCUUACCCCAACCGACCGAGAUCAAUCUGGUAAUUAAUCCCAAAGAUUUGAGAAUUGAUACUAAACGAGCCAGUGGAGCUGGAGGACAGCAUGUAAAUACCACGGACAGUGCUGUCCGGAUAGUUCAUCUUCCAACAGAUUAGAAUCCUUAGAUGAAACUCUGCAGGAUAAUUGCAAAAGCCAGGAAGACGGAGGGACCUAAGCCCAGAGAAUUUCCGUACAGGUGACGAUGAGGAAAAGGUGUGGACAGUCUUGCAGGUAGCUUCCUCAACUUCAUACUUGGUAAAUGUCACUAUUAAAAGAAAAUCCAGGGUGCUUGGCUGGCUCCAUCUGUAGAGCAUGCGACUCUUGAUAGCAGGGUCAUGUGUUCAAGCCCCAUAUUGGGUGUGGAGCCUAUUUUAAAAUUUUUUAAAUUUAAAUAAAUAAAAAAAAUCCUCAGAAUGAAGUCACUAUCAUGGGUUCUUCUUUAUCAGAAAAUGCUCAAAAUCACUAGUUCCUAGCUUUCUUUGAAGAGAGGAGGACAUGGACUUCCUUGCGAAAAUGAAAGCUUGGACUUGCUUUCUCAGAAACAUGCUCAUAUGCAGAGUUCUGCCCAUAACUUCCAGGGCUGCUGCUCCAUGAAGUCCAUCCACAAACCUCCAGCAGUUCUACUGGAGAUACACAGGGGAACUAUGUCUAAAUACUUCUUAAGUCUUCAAUAUACUCUUAAGUGGAACUAAAUGUGAUUUACAAUUAUUACUGCAGUGAUUUACAUGUGAUAAAGAGCAGAUGGAUAGCAAACUUCAGAUACCUAGAAAGAAUACACUGUGACUGAUCUCAAAUAGGCAUAAUUCCCAUGGAUCAGUAGUGUUGAACAGGAGUGAUUGGUAGGUUUUUCCUUUUUAAAAUUUGAGGAAGGCCUCAAGUUAAACUUUAAGAUGAUGUCUUAUAUAAUAUAUACUAUAUAAACAGGAAUAGAAAAACUAGAUGAAACUCCUCACAAAAAUAUUAAUUGUGCCUAUCUCUAUUAGGACUAACUUUUUUUUUGUUUUGGUGAUGACAAA